AUGGCGAGCGGCAAGAACGAGUCAGCAUCUGGCGGUGGAUCAGCUACGACGGGAACUAGGGCGCCCGAGGAUGCGGAGGCCUACGCUAAGAAGGUUGCUGAGGCCAUCAAGGCCGAUGUUCGGUGAGAGAUGAAAGAGCGUGGUGGUGCCUGACUCUGCCCACCUUCCCUCUUUCCUUCUGGCGCCAUUGUCGAGAAAGAGAAGACGAAUCAAAACCUCUUUGGUACAAUGCACGUUCGCGAAAUAGAGGCAGCUGUUUCCUGUGGGCGGGUGCGCAGCGGAGCAAACAGAUUGAUGGGUGAUGGUUCAACAGGAAAAUUAUAAACGACUUGCCGUCGCCACCGUCUGCUGCGGAGGGAUCGUGGUAGAGCGUUGUGGCCACGGAGGGAGUUAGCGAUUGCCCUGAAAAUUGUUUCUCUGUCGUCCCUUCUCCGUGGGACACUUGUGGGACAUGAAAAAAUGACGUCGAAGUUGUACCACCUUGCCAAGUUGAUGUUCGGCUCUCCCUGCGUAACCCUUUUUUUUUUCUUUUUCUCCCAUCAUCGGAUUCUGCCGUCUGCCCCUCGGGCCCCUAUCCUCCACUUCUACCUCGCUAGACGACCCAACUGGGGUCACAUAGGAGGGGGGGGUCGGACCCCCUCCUGCGGUUCUUGCCUGAGGU